GCAUUGGUCGAUCGGAAAUCUUCGCAUGCGCUUCACGGAACUAUUCGACAGUAUUCGACGGAACCAAAUUCAUUUCACAUACCGAAAGGAGCGAGGAGACGAUUUAUUUAAUAAUGGCUGAUAUCAAACAGGAUCACAAAGGUGAGGAUACCGACAAUUAUGGAAUGGGUAACAGUGCUGAUCCAAAAAAUAUGCAAGAACUAACGCAAUACGUACAAACGCUGUUACAAAAUAUGCAAGAUAAAUUUCAAACCAUGUCAGACCAAAUACUUGGGAGAAUAGAUGAAAUGGGAAACAGAAUAGACGAUCUUGAAAAAAAUAUUGCAGAUUUAAUGACACAGGCUGGCGUGGAAGGAGGUGAUAAAUAAUUACAUUUAUUUAAAACAUAACUUUGAUAUUUAAAGAGGAAAAUCUGCAUUGACAUUAUCACGCGAUGAUCGCACGGAAACAAUAUUUAUAUGACUUUGAAAUGACUCUUUUGGUUACUAAAAAAUAAAGUAACACUUUUUACAACAACAUGACCAAUAUAAUUCUUCUUUUUAUACAUAACUAUUAUAAGAUGUGCUUUACUAAUAUAUGGUAAAAUAAAGUGUAUUAAUCAGGA